AGGAUGUACUCCCCAGACCAAUUCAUGAAUCCGGGGCCUGCCCCCCGGCCCCCAGCCGACCGCCCACAACUCAACCUGCCUACCAACCCCUCCAACAACGUGGCUACCUCCUUCAGCCAGAUGAGUCUGAAUUCCCCGAGUACCCCCGGUCCGGCCAACCUUUCGCUGUUCCCCAACACGAGCACCCCGUCGCUCACGCGCACCAAGACCGAUCAGUCGGGCGGAGGAGGCGUCACCGUUAUCAAGGAGGGAUAUGUCCGUUGCAAGGAGGACAAAUUUCUGGCGACGUGGAAUCAACGAUACUUGAUCUUGCGCGAAUUCCGCCUCGACUUUCUCAAGAAUGAGACGGGGAAGAUCGUCCUUUCCAUUCCGCUGACGGCGGUCACAGGCGUCUCGAGAUCGGAGGAUACUCGCAUGGCUUUCGAGAUCAUUCGUCUCGCCAACCCCAAGGACGCGAAUUCCAAAACCGCCGUAAUCACCCGUGACGUGCCCACCAAGAGCAUCACUUGCGAAGUUAAGAGCGAUGACGAAAUCUACGACUGGAUCGACAAGAUCUACGAGCGCUGCCCUGGUAUGGGAGGGGUAAGCAACCCCACGAACUUCAGCCAUCGUGUUCACGUCGGAUUCGAUCCGCGCACCGGCGCCUUCGUGGGCUUGCCGCCAGAGUGGGAGAAGCUCCUGACCGCGUCCGCAAUCACCAAGGAGGAUUACAAGAAGAACCCCCAGGCCGUCAUUGAGGUCCUGGAAUUCUACUCGGACAUCAAGAUGCGCGAGCAAAACCCUCAGUACUACGCUGGGCUUUCCUCGCCGGCGAACCAGCAGGCGAAGCCCUUCAGCGGCGGCGGGUCCGUGGGCAACUCAAUUGCACCCCCAAGACCCCCGCCGCCUGCUCCCGCACAGCGUUUGGACAGCGGUGGCCAGUCGUACUCCAGCCAGUCCCCUGUCUCGUCUCCUUCGCAGUCCAAGUCGGAUUCCGAUCGUGCUUUGGAGCAACAGCAACAAUUGGAGCGGAUGAACGAGUUGGCGGAUAAGGAGCGUCGCCGUAUGGAAGAGGAUCGUCGCGCACGUCAGCGGGAAGAGGAGCAGAACCGGCUCGACCAAGAAGCAUACAAUGCCUCUUUGCCCAAGACUCGCGUCCCCUUGGCCAAGCAAGAGCUCGGGGGCUACGGCCAGUCCUCCGAUGAUCGUUACAAGCCCAGCCGCCCCGCCCCGCAGGCCCCUGGCUCCUCUCGCCAGGAGCCUCCGCGCCAGCUGACAGCUCAGCGCCCUGCCCCAUCCGCCCCUACCGCCGGACAGCGGCCUGGAGACUACGCCAAUGGCUCUGCCAGGGCUGAGCAAUCCUCUCCGGGUUCCAGACACCCGGCUCAGGGACAGUCUCCUGCGCGGGCUCAGAACAAUGGCGUCAAAGCGCAGCCGGCCCAGGGCCCUCCUCCCAGCAAGCUGCCUGCUCCGGUUCAGCCUGUGAAGCCCCUGAACAUCGCGAACAAGCAGACCGCGAAGACAAACGUCCCCGAUGGAGUCCGCCAAGCCGAGGCUGCCCUGAGCAAGAAGGCAGAGCCCCGCCAGAGAGAAGUGCGCAUGUCGAACAUGAGCGAGAACGAGGUCAUGGAUCGCCUGCGUUCUGUCGUCUCCAAGGACAACCCGAACGAGUCUUACAGCAAGCAGCGGAAAAUUGGACAGGGUGCCUCCGGAUCCGUGUAUGUGGCACGCGUUAAGGAGCAUGCUACAUCCGGCGUUGCGCGGGAGCUUUACCGGCAGUACGGUCCCCGUACCCAGGUGGCUAUUAAGCAGAUGGAUUUGCGUAGCCAGCCUCGGAAGGAACUCAUUGUCAACGAGAUCAUUGUCAUGAAAGACAGCCAGCAUGCGAACAUUGUCAACUUCCUUGACUCGUUCCUGCAGGAGCAGAGCAACGAGUUGUGGGUUGUCAUGGAGUUCAUGGAAGGUGGUGCUCUCACGGAUGUCAUUGACAACAACCCGGUGAUCCAGGAAGAUCAAAUUGCCACAAUUUGUGCGGAGACCUGCAAGGGAUUGGCCCAUCUGCACAGCCAGAACAUUAUCCACCGUGAUAUCAAGAGCGAUAACGUGCUUCUUGACCGGGCUGGUCAUGUCAAGAUUACCGAUUUCGGAUUCUGUGCUAAGCUCACCGAGUCGAAGAGUAAGCGCGCCACAAUGGUCGGUACUCCGUACUGGAUGGCGCCCGAGGUGGUUAAGCAGAAGGAGUAUGGCCCCAAGGUGGACUGCUGGUCAUUGGGUAUCAUGGCCAUCGAAAUGAUCGAAUCCGAGCCCCCAUACCUCAAUGAGGAGCCGCUCAAGGCGUUGUACCUCAUCGCCACCAACGGCACUCCUCGCCUGAAGAAGCCAGAGAAGCUCAGCAAGGAGCUCAAGUCGUUCUUGAGUGUAUGUCUCUGUGUCGAUGUGCGCAGCCGCGCUACCGCCGAUGAAUUGUUGGCCCAUGAUUUCCUCAAGUUGGGCUGCAGCCUCGCGAGCCUGGCGGAGCUGCUCCGUUGGAAGAAGAACAGCGGACAGUGAUAGACUGUGGAGAGGAGAAUGUGCAAUGGCGAUGUUGGUAGCCACAUGGUCGCUGCCGGUUGCCUUGUUCCUCUUAUGAUUUACACCAGAUCUUGUUUUCACGCACAUAUGGGUCACAUUUACGCGCCUCCGGUUGAUUUUUGCUGCCCCCUAACGACCUGCAUUGCAACUCGAUUUCUACUUGUGAU